AUGCAUUUACUUUUUCUCUUUCUGAUAAGAUCAAAAAUUGGCGAAACAUCAGAAAGUCACUAUCUUCUCAGUGGAGAAGAAGAACCACAAUUCCUUCAGCCAGAUUAUACAGUUCUUAUCUCUGUUGAUAACCAAUUAUUAACGUUUAAGUCCGCGAUUGUACAAUCGAGCAAGAGGGACUAUGUGUACUACAAAUGUGAUGUUACAAUUACAUCAGAAAGUAAGUUUGAAAAUAAUUUUGCUUUUGGAAAGUCUACUUCAUCAAGCUUCGGCGGAGCACUUUAUCUUCACGAAUCAGUUUUCCAAAUUGUUUCACCAGAUUCAAGUAAAAAUUCAAUCUUUUCCGGAAAUUCAGCAGCUUAUGGUGGUGCUUUGUGCUUAGUUUCUACAGCAUCAUACUUAUCAAACGCAGUAUUCACAUCUAACCAAGCAUACAAGCACGCAGGCGCAGUCUACUUCGAAAACAAGUGA